CUGGUGCAUAUAGGUGGAAAAUAUCAUUUAGAAACAAAUAAUCUGACGGUAUAGAUCAUACAUUUAACUUCAUAUCAACGUCUGUCACGCACAUGCGCGUGCAUGCGUCAUCUUAACGCCAUGGAAACAACGAUGACGCGCAGCCGAACUCCUAUAAAAGACCUGCUGCUCUUUCGACUGUCAUUCUGCACUUGGAUUUGGAGCUGAGCUGUUAGAGAAACUGGGAGAUGGACUCUGGAGAUUUGAAACGCUGGAAAGCAUCUGAAGAAUGGACCUUGUUGAAGAACAAACUCGGUGGAUUACUGACAGAAGAAGAAGAAAACCGACCCGCUGGACAAACGGAUCAGACAGAAGAGCAGCUGCUGUUUGGAGGCCUGACAGACCUGGAGAGUCAGCACACAGGUCUCCUGAUGUGAUUGUGGACCUUCCCACCUCUGAGACGACAGAAAAGUGGCCUUUGAAUGCUGUUCUGUACACGUUUUAUAAAAUGCACUAUUUUUUUUGUUCUUAUUCUUUGCCUUGUCUUCUCUUUUUGUCCUUUUUUCAACAUGUUUUCUGCCUUCUUCCUCUCCUACUACUCUUCUUCUUGACUGUUUUCUAAUCCUUCUUCUUCCUCCCUCUCCUCCUUUUUCUCCCCCUCUCGUCAUCUCAUCCCUUUCCUUCCAUUGUUUUGUCCUCCUAUUUCCCCCUUCCUUCUGCUUCUACUGCCUCCAGUUUUUUUCUCCAUUUUCUUCUCCUCUUCUGUCUUUUUCCCCUUCCUUUGCCUCCAUUCUGCUUUUUCCUUCAUGUUCUCUUCCUUUCUCUUAACUACUUUUUCUUCUUCACCUUCUUCUCUCCCUCGUUCCACUCAUUAUUCUUUCGAUUCCUUCUUUACCUCCAUCUUCUUUUCCUUCUCCUUCUGUCAUCUUCAUCAUCUCUUCAUCCCUCUACUUCUUGUUUUCCUUUAUCCUUUUCUCCACCUCCUUCACUUCCUCCUUCUUUCCUCCUUUCUUUUCCUUUUUCUCCUCUUCCUAUUCUGUCAUCUUCUUAGCCUUUUCUCUUCUUCUGUCUUCUUGUCCUUCUUUCUCCUCCCGUCAUUUUCCUCUUCUUCUUUCAUCUCCUCUUCCCCCCACCCUUGUUCUCCUUCUCCCUUCUCUAUUACUCCUCCUUCCAUCUUUCCCUUCUUUCUCCUCUUCCUUCAGUCUUUGUCUCCUUUCUCCUCCACUGUUUUUGUUUUUGUAUUUGUUUUGUCAUUCUUUUCAUUUUUCUCAUUCUUUUAUUCUCCUCCUCGCUUCAUUGUCUCCUUACACAACUUCCUUUACUCCUUGUUCUUGCAUUUUCUUUCUGUCCAUCUUCAGUCUCCUUCAUUCUUUUGUUCUUCUUCUCCUUCUUUUUGUCACUCUUGUCUUCUCCUCGUCCUUCUUUUUCCUCUAUUUUCUUCACAUUUUACUUCCUGUUCUACUUAUUCUUUUUCAUUUCUUCCUCUAUUACUCCUUGUUCCCCCUCUUUCUACUCUUCCUCACUCUAUUGUUUUGUCUCCUCCUUCUCUUGUCUUCCUUCUCCUUCUGUCUUGUCAUUUUCUUAUCCCAUCUUCCUAUUUUGUUACUCCUUCCUCCUCUCCUUUUUUCUUCUCUUCCCCUUUCUUCUUGAGUUGUCCUCCUCCUUUCUCUCCUAGUACUGCUUCUUUUCCAACUCUUUCCCUCUUUCCUUGUUCUUUCUCCUUCUCUUCCUCAUGCUUUCCUUUUGUCUUUUGUUUUUUCUCCUUCUUUUGGCUUCUUCUUUAUUCUCCUUCUGUUUUUCAUUUUUUCUCCUCUUACUCCUCUGUCUUCUAUUUAUUUCUCCUUCUGUCAUCUUUUCCUGCUUCUGUCUUCUCAUUUUUCCUCCCUGUGCUCCCUCAUUCUUUUCUUCUUCUUUUGCUUCCUCCCUUUUCUGUCUUCUUUCUCCUUCUUUGUCUUGUUCUUCUUCAUGUCCUUCUUUCUACCUCCUCUGUCUUUUUUAUCCUUUCUCCUCCUCCUUUCUCUUCUUCUCCUUCUUUCUCAUUUUCCUUCUUUGUCUACUCUGCUCUUCCUCAUUCCUCUCUCCUUCUCCUUCUGUCUACUUUUAAUUAUUCUUGUCUUCCUUGAGUUUUCUUUCUCCUUUUUUUCUGUUUCUAUUUCUGUUUUUCUUAGUCCUCUCGUCUUUGUCCUUCUACAUUUUACUUCCUCUGGCCCUUUCUCUCUCCCUCCUGCUUAUCCAUCUCUUCCUCACUUUAUUCCUUCUGAUUCUUCCUCCUCAUUCUCUUCUCCUUUUCUACCUUCUUUUUUCUGCUCCCCAUUCCGUCUUCUCCUUCUUCCUCCUUUUCUCCUCCUGUCCUCUCAUUCUUUCUUCUCCUUUUCAUUCUUGUUAAUGAUCUUCCUGUCUUCUUCUCCUCCCUUGUUUUUCUCCUUCCUGCUCUCUGUUCCCCCUUUUUCUUUGUUCUCCUUCUUUCUCUCCCACUAUGUUUUCAUCUCUUCAUCCCUUUUACUCGUUGCUUUUCCUUAUUCUUCUCUUCUUGCUCUUGUUUUAGAUAUCUUGUGCUUCCUCCUUCCCAAUCUACUCUCCCUCAUUCUUAUCUCCCCUUCUCUUCAUCUCCUCAUUCUUUUCUUCUCCUUCUGCCUUUGUCUCAUUCAUUCUUCUCUGCUCUUCCUCAUUCUUCUCUUCUCCUUUUCCUACUGUCUACGUCUUAUUCGUCUCUUCCUCGUUCUUUUCUUCUUCUACUCCUUAUUUUUCUCCUUCCUCUUCUCUUGUCCUUUUUCCUUCUCAUUCACCACUUUUUCCUUCAUGUUCUCCUCCCCCUCCUAAUGCAUCUACUACUUUUCCAUCUCCUCCUCUUCUCUUCUUCUCCUUUCUCCUUCUUCUGUCUUCUUCUUCCUCCUCCUUUUCUGUCUUCCUUUUCCUCCUUUUCAUUGUUUUAUUGUCCUGUCUUCUACUCCUCCUCUUUUCUUCCUCUUCUCUGUUCUCCUUUCUUCUCCUCUUCCUCCUUCUUCUACUCCUGUUUUCUACUUUCCUCUUCUACUCAUUCUUCUUCAUCUCUUCCUCCCUUUACUCAUUGUUCCUCUCCUUCCUUCUUCUCCUUCUCUCCCUCAUUCUUUUAGUCUUGUCUUCUUCUACUCCUUUCAUUCUUUUCUUCUGUCUUGUCAUUCUUAUCCCAUCCUUCUAUUUUUUCUCCCUCCUUCUCUUCUUCUGUUUUCUUCUUUUCUAUCCCUUUUUUCUUCAUCCUCUACUCCUGCUAGUUUUCAAACUCUUAAUCCCUUUACUCCUUGUUCAUCCUCCCUCUCCUUCACUUUCUGUCCUCUCCGUUCUUCUGCUCCUCUUUCUGACUUCUACUUUUCUUCUGUCUUCUCCUUCUGCCUACUAGUUUUUUCCUCCUUCUGCUCCUUGUUCUGUUCUCUCCCUCAUUCUUUUAUUCUUCUUCUGCUUCUUCUUUCUUCUCCCUUUCAUUCUUUCUCAUAGUUCUCCUCUAUUCUACUACUCUUAUAUUUUUCUCCUUCCUUCUCUGUUCUCCUGUUUUCUUCUCUCCCCUUUAUGUUCUACUCUGUUCUCUCCUACUACAUUUCCAUCUCUUUUCCCUCUGCUCCUUGUAUUUCUUCCUCCUCUUCCUCAUUCUUUUCAUCUCCUCUUUCUUUUCUUCAUUUUUUCUUUUCCUCUUCCUUCUAUCUUCCUCUUCUACUCCAUCUCCCAGUUUUUCUUUCCUCUUUCUGUCUUGUACUUUCCCCUCCUCCUUUGUAUUUAUCUCCUUUGUCCUCCUUCUCUGUGGCCUUUUUCCUCGUCUUUUUCAUCUCUUGCUUCUCUUCCUCCUUCUUCUUAUUCUUCUCAUCUCCCCUUCUCUUCUUCUCCUCAUUCCUUCUCCUCCUUGUCUUUUGUCUUCUUUCUCCUCUUCUUGCUUUCUCCUCUGCUUUUCCUUAUUCUUUUCUUCUUUUUCUGUCUCGUCAUUUUUAUCAUCCUCCUUCUGCCUUCUUCUAUUCUUCCCCUCCUAUUUUUCUUUUCCUUUUCUUUUCCUUCUCCCUCCUUUUGCCUUCAUGUCUAUCUCUUCUUCGUUCUACUCAUUCUUCUUCCUUUUCUAUUCCUAUUCUGUCUUUUUCUUUUCCUUCUUUUUCUUGUGUUUUUUCUAUCUUUGUCUCCUUGCACUGCUCCCUCUUCUCAUCUCUUUUUCCCUUUUCUCCUUCCAUCUUAAUUUUCUCCUCUUCCUUCUCCAUUUUUGUUCUCCUCCUUCCUCUUCUAUAACUCAUUUUUCUUCAUCUGUUCCUCCCUUGACUCCUUGCUUCUCUUCAUCUUCUUCUCCUGCUCUCCCUCAUUCUCUCCUUAUGCUUUUCAUCUUGCCUUUCUCUUCUCCUAAUCCUUGUAUUCAUUCUUUCCUUCUCCUCCUUUUCUUUUUUUCUCUUACUCAGUCUCACCUUCUGGUUUUCUACCUCAUUCUUUUCUAUACCCUCCUCCUUUCUCCUACCUUGUCAUCUUCUCUUCUUAAUCGUCUUUGUCUCCUUACAGUACUCCCUUUUCUCAUCCCUUCUUCCCUUUACGCCUUUUUCUUCCGUAUCGUUUUUCAUUCUUUUCUUUUCCUCCCUGUCAUUCUUGUCUUCUCCUCUUGCUUAUUGCUUUUCUUCUCUUCCAUCUUUUUCUACUUCUCCUUUUUUCUUUGUUUCCCCCCUUCCUCUUCUGCUACUCAUUCUUCAUCAUCUAUCCUUCUCCUUUGUCCUCCUCCUUUUUGUCUACUUCUUUCUCCUUCGUUGUCUUGUCCUUUCUCCAUAUCCUUCCUUCUACCCUUUCUGUCUCCUUUCUCCUCCUCCUUCUCUGUUGCCUUCUUCCUCUUCUUUUCAUCCCUUCCUCCCUGUGCUCCUUGCUCAUCUUGCUUCUCUUUCUGCUCUUCCUUCUCCUUCUCCUUUCCUUCAGUCUUGCCAUUCUUUUCUCAUCCUUUUUCUACUUGUCCCCUCCUAUUUUCCUCCUUCCUCUCCUCUUUUUCUUCUUUAUUUCUCCUCUGCACCUUUUUUCUUUUCCUCUCCUACUAUUUCUAUUAUUUUUCCAUCUCUUCCUCCUUUUACUCCUUGUUCAUCUUCUUCCUACUCCUCCUCCUCUUCUCCUUUUCCUCUUCCUCAUUCUUGUCUUGUCCUUUUCUACCUCAUUCUUUUCUCCUCUUCCUUUUUCAUGUCCUUCUCCUACUUUGUCCUCCUCUUUUUGCUGUUUCCUUCUCUUCCUCCUUUUGUUUGUGUCUCCUUUCUUCUCCUUCUGUUGUCUUCUUCAUCUCUGCAUCUCUCUACUCCUUGCUCUUCUUCCUCCUUCCUCCUUUUUCUAAUUGUCUUUCUUGUAAGAAAAAGGAAAAGAUUCUUCUCCGGUCUUCUCCUUCAUUCUCCUUUGUCACCUCCUUCCUCUUUCCUUCUCCUCCUCCUCAUCUGAUUGCUUCUCCUUUAUUGUCCUUUUGUCUUUUCUUCCUUCUGUCUCCUCUUUUUUCUUCUUCAUUUGAUCCUCCUCCUCUUGCAUCUUCUCCUUUCUCCUCCUCUAUCUCAAACUCCUUGUUUUUCUUUCUCCUCCUCUUUGUCUCAUUUCUCCUCACCCUCCUAUCUUCUCCUCCCUCCUCUUCCCUUUUCACCUGUUACUUCAUCUUUUCCUUGUUCUUCUUCCUUCUUCCUCUCUCCAGCAUGCUUUUCUACUCCAUCUCUGUCUUUCUGUCCUGUAUCUUCUUUUUCCAUCUUCUUUCUCCUCCUCCUUGUCUGUGUUGUUCUCCUUUCUCCUCCUAUCUUCAUUUCAUUCUUUCUCUUCCUUCUGUAUUUGUCUCCUUCUGUCGUUGUCUCCACUUUGCCGUUCUUCUCUUCUUCCUUUUUCUCCAUCUCCUUUUUCUUCUCCAUUUACUGCUCCCUUUUCUAAUCCCGUCCUCCCUUUCCUCUUUCUUCAUCGGAUGCCAUCUUCUCCUUCUUUUUUCUUAGUUUUUUCCUUCUUCUACUCUUCCUGCUUCUCUUGUCCUUCUGUCUUGUUCUCUUCCCGCUUUCUUGUCCUCCUUUCUCUUGCUACUACUACUUUUUCCUCGUGUUCUCCUCCUUCUUCUACGACUCAUUCUUCUCUAUUCCUUCCUCCCUCUGCUCCUUGUUCCUCUUCCUCCUUUUUCUCCUUCUACUCUUCCUCAUUCUGUCCCUCAUUCAUUUCAUCUCUUCCCUCUUUUUCUCAUUCUUUUUUUCUCCUCCUGGUCCCUCUCUGUCUUCUUCUUCUUCUCUUUCUUUCUCCUCUUCCUUCUUUAUCUUCUCUUCCUCAUUCUCCUCCUGUCUCCUCCUUCUACUUCAAUUCCAAUUUUCUCCUCUCUCUUCUCUUCUUCUCUCCUUUGUUCCUUUCCUGUUCCUGUUUUUUCAUGGUGUCCUCCUUCUCCUACUACUUCUGCUACUUUUCCUUCCUUUUACUUGUUCUUCUUCCUUCUCCUCUUCCUUUCUUCCUCCUUCUUUCCUUCUCCUCUUUCUCCUUUAUUCUUCAGCCAUUUUGUUUUUUCCUCUUUAUUCUCCUCUUCUCCUCCUUCUCUACCUUUUCUAGUCUUCUCCUUCUUCUGUCUUCUCCUGUCUUUAUCGCCUUCUUUCUUCCUUCACCUCCAUCUGACAUCUCCUUCUUUCUUCUCCUUUGACUCUUUCUCCGACUCCUGCUUCCUCUUCCUCUUUCUGUCACGUUCUUGUUCUUUUUCAUCUCUUUCUUCCUCUUCUCCUUGUUUUUCUUCAUUCUUUUCUUUUCUUCAUCUGUUUGAAGAUGCUUCUUUCUUCUUCUAUUCUUGCUUCUACAUUUAUUUGCCUUUUUCCCCACAGGGAAAAAGGCAAAUAAAUAGGCAAAUAAAAGUUGCUUCUCCUCCUGUCUUCAUCUUUCUCCUCUUCCUGUCUUUUUCUCCCUUCUUCUCCUCUGUUCUCUGUCAUGUUCUAUUUUUCUCAUUCUCUAUCUUCUGCUUCUUUCUUCUCAUCUUUCUCCUCUUUUUAUUUGCCUUCUUCCUAUCCUUAUUCUUUUCUACACUUCCUCUUCCUGUUGUUUCAUUCUUUCUCCUCUACCUUCUCCAUCACCUUCCUUCUGUUUUUCAUUUCUUUCUCCUUCUGUUCCUUAUUCUUUCCUUCUCUUCUUUGUUCUUCUCCAUUGCCUCCUUUUUUCUUCAUGUUCUCUUCUUCCUUCUACUACAUUUCUGUCUCUUCCUCCCUUUCCUCCUUGUCCUCAUUCGUUCCUCUUUCUGUUCUUUCUGUCUUGUCUUUUCUUCUUCUUCUUCUCUGCCUUUUUUCUCUACUUUAUUCUUUUCUUCUUAUCCUUCUCCUUUUUCCCUCCUCCACUCUGUUUGUCCUCCCUCAUUCCUUUCUCCUCCUCUGUCACCUUCAUCUUCUUUUUGAUCUCUUCUUCCUUCUGCUCCUCGUUUUUUCCUCCUAUUCCUCAUUCUUUUUGCCAUUUCUGUCUUUUUCCUCUCUCCUUCCUUCUGUCGUUGUCUCCUUUGUCCUCCUUCACUGUCUUCUUCACCUCUCCUUUUUCUUCUCCUCUUUCUUCUCCUCCUCCUUUCUUCAUUGUCUCCUCCUUCUACUGCUCCCAGUUUUCAUCUCGUCCUCCCUUUACUACUUGUUCCUCGUCCUCCUUCUAUGCUUCCUCAGUCUCUUCCUCUUUUUCUUCUCCUUCUGUCUUCUUGUUUUUCUUUCACCUUGUCGGACUUGGUUUUCUUCGUUCUUCUUCUCUCUUCCGUUUUUCUCAGCACCUUGUGUUUCUUCCUCCCUCAUUCCUUUCACCUCCUCCUUUAUACUCUCAUUCUUUCUCCUCCUUUUAAAUUUUUUUCUUCUUUUAUCCUGCUCCUUCCAUCAUCACUUCUCCCUCUUUUUCACCAUUUGCUUCUCUUUAUUGUUCUUUCCUUCUUUUCCCCUUUCCUGUUCUUCUUCCUGUCCUAUUACUUUUCCGUCUCUUCCUCCCUUUACUGUCCUUAAUCCUCCUUCGUCUCUUCUCAUGUCUCUUGGUCAUUCUUUACUUCUCCUCCUUCUCAUGAAAUAAAUACCAAGUACGGUAAGUAUGGACUUGCAGACUUGACAGUGACAUCUUUGAAGUACGAACUCCUGAGGAUGGGAAGAUGAAUCGUGAUCAUUCUACAAUCUGAACAUCAAUGUGCUUGAUGAUGUUGCAUCUCGGUGGUGGACUUGCCUGUAUUUUGUAUUAUGGUAGGGUUGAAUAUUAAUUUAAAAAUAUGACCAUAAAACCACCUUGAAGCUGAGGAGAAAGCAGCACAACUAUGAAGGCAGAUCUGGGCAGGAAGAGUCAGGAUGUGGAGGAGAAGAACAGAAGGAGCCCUGUUAGCUUGUCUCUUUAAAAACAUGCAUCUAUCAUAUAAUGUAUAAUUUCUGGCGUGCCAGUGCUGUCAAACAGAAUAUGCAUAUCUCUGAUGCAAAAUGCAAUUUUCUGUGUUGCUGAAUGUUAGCAGCAAGACUCUGUUGACCCCCUCUGAAUAUGUAACUUUGCUGCCAUCCUUUCCAGAUGAUUUCUGAAAUGGAAACUGCAGAUUUGAAAAAAAAAAAAAAAAAAAAAAAAAAAAAAAAAAAGACCCCGUCAGUCAAAACGUUCUAGGGCACAUGACAACUUAUCCAGGAGUGACUGCAUUAAGAACGUGAAGUAACUGGAAAAUGUCUUUGCUUCACAGCAGCACUUUUUCUGUCUCAGUGGGGAAACUGAUCAGAUCCUUUAUUGCUGGCAGAUUUGGUGUUUUUAGUUGACCUAAAAAAGCAUCUGAAUGCGCAGAACAUGAGACUUCAAGGAUAAGAGCCAGUUGUCUGCACACAUCAAAACCUUUGGAACCAAGCUACAACUUUUCCAAAAACACUUGUCACAAACUGGGCCUGACACUGCACAUUUCUCAGCUCUACAGGAGGUAAUGAACAGUUUUCCACAGGACAAUAUUAAUACAAAAACAAUGAGUUUACCAACUCUCAGCUAUUGAAAAUGAGAUGUUGCUUUUUUCUUCUCCUUUCUCUGUGGACCCUGAUGAUGCUCCUCAUCAACUGGAGCUCAUUGAGCUGUAUGUGAACUGGUUAUCUGCUUUGAAUUUGAUAGUUGACAGACAACAUUUCAGUGUCCAUACUAAGUCAUGUUUAAAAUGAACCUAUUACGAUAUUUAUAAGCUUCCUGGAGGUUUUUUCUUUAUUUAACUGGGCCCUCCAGAUAUGAGAAGUAUUGAUUUUAGGACCUGUUUAUGUCUGGGCAACUCACAUUUAUUUGCAUUCCCAUGUGAAUAAAUGAAAAUUGUCAUACAUAAAACUUAUAUAAAACAGUGCAUUUGCAUUUAGGUUUAAUGGUUGAAAGAAUGUGAGACAGGAUGGUUGGCCCUCGGGCAUUAUCACAUUAUCAAAUGUGAUCCAGAUUAGGACUGAGAUAUACAAGAACGACCCAGUAGAGGGAGCAUUUAAAGUCUAUGAAGACUUUGUAUUGUACAAGUCUGGCAAGAACACAUGCAGCAGUAAGAGAUGUAAUGCAAACACGCAUUACACUGAAUAUUGAGUACAGGGUGAACCCUAACUGAAUAUUGAGUACAGGGUGAACCCUAACUGCAUAUUGUGCUCAGUGAUUGUGUACAGUGUUGCUUGGGACCUCGUGGUUCCCACUUGUGUUUCUUGCGUCCUCUUCCUGUCUCCAGGUGUGUAUCAGCAUGUUUCAGGCUCUGCUGUGGGUAGACACGCCAUCAAGAUCCUGGGCUGGGUAGAGGAGGAUGGUGUUUCCUACUGGCUCUGUGUCAACUCCUGGAACACCGACUGGGGUGAUAAUGGUAAGCAGAGACAUGUAUUUUACUACUUUCAAGUUGCACAAAAUAAUCACUUUCAUUAUAAACAGGAGCUCUUCUACACUAAGACAGUGGGAUAUUAGAAUCACUGCAGUAUAACACACCACCUGCAGCCUUAAGUGACCACACUGCUGAACCAGCAUUUUUCUCACGGUGUCUCAGAAACAUAACCUUCAUAAAGACUUAGAUUGUCUUAGACUGUGACAGGGAUUCUCAGAUAAAACCUAAGGUAAGACAACAAACCAGCAUGUGAUAAGGAUGUGAAGUAUUUUCCAUGAACAAGUCUGUGAAUAUUGUGUACCUUGAAAGCAUAACUCUGCUAUUGUGUUGCAGUAAUUUCUCUUAACCCAAAUUGGCUUGCAUCCUAUUGGAGCACAAACCUUGCUGGUCUUAAUUGACAGUGAAUGAAUAAAUGCCUUUUUCCCACCCCUGUAGAUCUGAUUUCAAGUUUUGAGGUGCAGUGUCGUUACAUCAUCACUAGAGGGGGACACACUCCUCUUGUCUGUCAUAGAACUGUGACCGCAAUUUACUGCUUUUAGUCCCUUUAGAGCCGACUGAUGGCUUUGCUGUCAAAAGAAAGCCCCAUGUUAUGUGUGCAAACGGAAAAAGUCAAGCAGCCUUCACUUCACUCAGGUGGAUUUGCAGAUGUAUUAGCAAAAAUAGCAAGAAUGUGCCUGCACACAAAUCUCCAUUGUUGAACGGAUGGUGUGUCUCUGUGAGAGGACAUAAGAAAAGGUUAGACAAAUCUUACACAGGAAGAUCAUUUUCAAAGACACACCUGUGCAAUUAAUUAUAUCUCUGCUGCUUUGAUGCCAGUUGUCACUGUGUUAGAAGUGAUUGAAUUGUUUUGAAUGAAAUUUAAAAAAAGCAAUGAAUCUUUGGUUCUUUUGUGUUUUUACUCAAUCUCCAACAUUUUUUGACUGAUUUCAAAUCGUACAAGCCUUCCUCAGACACACACACACACACACACACACACACACACACACACACACACACACACACACACACACACACACACACAGACACACACACACACACACACACACACACAGGUUUGGACACACUUUGUCAUUUAAUGGUUUUUCUUUAUUUUCAUGACUGUUUAUAUUGUAGAUUGUCACUGAAGGCAUGAAAACUAUGAACACAUAUGGAAUUAUGUACUAAACAACAAAGCAUGUUUUAUAUUUUGGAUUCUUCCAAACAGCCACCCAUUGCUUUGAUUACUGCUUUGCACACUCUUGUCAUUCUCUCAAUGAAUGAACCUGAAAUGGUUUUCCAACAGUCUUGGAGUUUCCAGAGAUCUAUUAUUUUAUUUUUUCAGUGGUUUAUUUCAUUUUUUGGUUAUGUUAUUUUCCAGUUGUUUAUUUUUUUCCUGGUUAUUUAUUUUAUUUUUCCAAUUAUUUGUUUUCCUUGCUGGUUGUUUGUUUCAUAUUCUAAUUGUUGAAUUUUGGCAGUUUUGGCAGUUUUCCAAUUUGUAGGAGCCAAAUUGCGAUUUGUGUUGAUUUUCACACAUUCUUUCUUUUUAUUAGUAUGUUUAUGUGAUGGGAGGAAUGGAGAGAGAGUGUGUGUGCAGGUGUGCCCUCGAGGAAGCUGUAGGUGGAGCCUAAGGUAAAGGCUUCAAGACCAGCUGCCACAGCAUCUGUCUGGGUGUGGCUGAGGAAGGAAAAAGUUUUUUGACCAUGCAGCUGCAAGAAGGAACAAGGCCUUCUAAAGACUCUUUCCUUCAAAUCUUUGUUAAUUGAUUUUUCAAUUUAUCUGUAAAUUCAUUCAAGCAAUAAAUGGUCAUUGGGAAGAA